UUUGGGAAGAAACCCUCCGCCCGCCUCUGAGCAGCUGCCGCAACUAACUGCCCAGGAAUGCCACGGCUUUUGCAGCGAGCACGUGAUUGGCUCCCACCCUGCCAAGCCUGCAGCCUGCCUUGCCCACACAGCAAAGACUUCCCCCCUCCCGCCGAGUCCGCCUCCUUCCCUGCUGCGGUUGGCCGGCGCUGCUACCAAUCCGCCGGGGCCGCUCGCACCUGUCAUCCGCGUCGACGGCGGCGAGCCAACCGACGUGAAGCGAGCGGGCGGGCGCCGCGCUCCCAUUGGACUCCGCGGCUGUCAACUCCUCGAGCGAGGGGAGGGGGCUUACAUGCAAGCUCCGCCUCUUACCUUGCUCUUCUGGCAAGCAGCGCUUUCUCCAUCCCCAGUCCAAUUGCAAUGUAAGCAGUGGCAGCGAGAGGUCGCCGUCGGGGGGCCGGGGGAGCAAGAGAAGGGGCUGGAUCCCAGAAGAGGCAAGAAGCCGGGCUCAGGAGGUGGCAGGUAGGCUCCCCUCGCCCCCCUCGUGGGAGUGGAUUCCUUGGGCUCAAGACCCCUUGGGCUCCUAAGGGAGGCUUUAAAGGGACAGGGCAAGGGGCUUGGCUUACGACGGAGCCACCUAGUCAGUCCUCUUCCUUGCAACGAGGACUUGUGCUUUGGUGGGGGGACCGGCAAGGAAGAAUAGCUUGUUUUAGGAUAAUUGCUGUAGGAUGGAGAUAGCUAAGAAGCAGAGUCCCCAUUAGGGUAGGUGGCUGCUCCCUCGUACCAUUUUCUGGGCAUCUGGUUUUUCUUUGGGGUGGGGAGUGUGUGUGUAUAUGGUUGAAGGGUACACACAUACUGUAAAGAUAGUGGGGUUUUAAUGCGGCUUUAUGGUUCAAAUCUGGUGUUCUGGCAAAUAGCUUUGUUUCCCUUCAUGGUAAGACGCUGGGGCGAUGGAAUAGAUUGGUAGUGUGGAUUGGUGGGAAGAAUAAAAAAACAUAAAUGUGUCUUAUUAGAUUAUGGCUGGCUUGGACUUGACUUUCUGACUGAGCAGGCAGGGUCACGAGUGUAGAGUAUUGGAGGAUUGAUCUAAGGAUGUGGUGUAUUAAUAGAAUGGAUGAGGGUACAGCGUGUGAAGAGAUACUCCGAUUGUAACUUGCUGUCAGAAAGGGCUUGUGUCUGUGUGUGGAUUAUGAAACUAGAUGGGUUACUCAGAACCCUAAAUUGCAUUGUAGGUGAUGUGUGUCAUGCCAUUUCAUGAUAAAUGAGCUGCUGCUGACUAACUCAUAUCUUAAACAUCACUUCCUUUCCAAAUUUAUUCUAAUACAAAAGUUGGGUUGCUUAUCCAAGAAUGAGUGUUUUGUAUUAUGCUUCCUUCACACGUGAGAGUCUUCAAACUGUAACCGGGAGCUCUUUUAUGUUCUCCUGCAAUAAACAUUAGAAGAAAUUCUAGAUUUUAGGCAAUGGGGCUGUCUGAUGUCUCAUGAGUAAAAUUGUUUGGAACAUACUUCAAAGGUUUAAACCUCUAUAUUCAAAAUUGCAUUGACUUCACAGUUACCCAUGCAACACUGUCUGUCACUAAUGUGACUGACCUUUGUGUUGCUAGCAACAACUGAUGCAUGGCCCUUAAUAAUAUUUUCUUUUGGUAACUGCUGUAGUGUGUUGAGAUGGCUUGCUACAUAUGUGGCUUUACGUGUAAAUACAAUACAUAGGUUGCUAAUGCACCUUCCACCCUGUCCCAAGCCAUAUGUUAGCAAUUGUUUGGGAAGAAAAGGAACUAGAUGGUGGGAUGUGUCUGGCUUUCUUUACCCUAAAGACACAGUGAAAUUAUAUCUUUAAAGACUGACAAACUUUAAGGUUUGAGGCUGCAUUAUAAUGCAAGGAGAAUGGAACUUGGAACCUUGCUACUCCACUCUGCUCCGCUCUGCUGCUUGCAUUCUUGUGAGCUAGCUGGUGAAUUAAAGCAUCCUGCACACAGCAGAGGGCAGUAGUGUACAUACACAUUCAUGCCGCUGUUGUGGAUUUUAUGGGUUUCCUACUUGUUGCAGGCAGAAGCUGUCAGGUUUCUGGCUUUAGGAUUCAGAAAUGCCAUGCGUGUCCAUCCUGAUUGUAGAAUGGCCCUGAUGGUACAGCAAGCUUGCCUGACUCUGUUUCAAGGGUGUUCAUUGGUUGCAGUUGCAUUGGCUCACCAGCAAUGAACAAUGGUGUUUAUCCUCUGCAUGGAACACAUCUGUGCGUUAUGUCCUGUGACUGUCGGGUGUGAAAAUCUCAGACGGAGUUUAAUUCGGAAGGGGAAAUUGGAUAGACAUGGUGGUAACAGAGGAAACAUAAGGGCCUCUUCCUUUGCAGCUGUUUUUAUAUUGAUGUGUGUUUAGGGUUUUUUUUAAUUAAAAACAACAACACCGGCAUAUAGAAGAACAGUAAAGCUAUUGAUGUACACACUAAUACAUGGGAGGGAGGGACUUUAUGAAUGAAAGAGUUAUUCUUUAGUUGCCUAAAAAUUGUAUCAUGCAUUUUCCACUCUUCUGUGUUUUAAGGUGA